AUGGCGACCCCGGUUUGUUGGAGCGCAGUGCAGUGUCGGCAAGCGUGCGUGUGUAGUGGGGUUUGUGUGGCUAGCGGAGGGUUCGCCAAUAAAGCAGUGGAAUGCAAUGUCGUGAAAGGUGGCUCUGUAUUAGCCUAUGGUGCAGUUGCAGUUACAGUUGCAGGGGGCUCAGGGCCGGAGGUUGACGCACAGAAGAGUCGGAGCAGGGCCAGACCGACGUCACUGUGCUGCUUCUGUGUCUCAAUGCCGAAUGACAGGGCAGGGAUUCCCAAGUACAUAAAUAGAUGGAUAGCAAACUGUAGUGCCGGUGUCGGAGACGGCGCAGAGUUUCAGGCGGGAAAUGGAACUGAUCGUGAAGCUGCAGUUCGUAGAGAUGGAAAGAUGUUUGGCCGGGCCGAAGAAAAUAAGGAAGGAGAAGGAGAAGAAGGAGGGAAAUGA